AUGGUUGAUCGCCACUCAGACCCGGAGAACGGCUCGCGAGCAAAGCGCCAGAAGAUGGACGCCGGGGACCCCAAGGAUAACCCGUACUUGGCUCACAUGUACGAGGACGCCAACAGCAACAGCGCUGGCUCGAGCUCGAGCCUGGGCAAGCUCAAGCGCCAUCAGACCACCGCGGCCCUGGCCAGACAGGUCGAGGAUGGCGACGUGAAUCCGUUCAGCGGCCAGCGCUUCUCCAGCAAAUACUUCUCGAUCCUGAAGGGUCGCCGCGAUCUGCCCGUGCAUGCGCAGCGUGAUGAAUUCCUCCGCCUCUACCAGCAAUCGCAAAUCCUGGUCUUUGUUGGUGAAACCGGUUCCGGAAAGACCACUCAGAUCCCUCAGUUCGUCCUUUUCGAUGACCUCCCCCAGACUCAGCGCAAGAUGAUUGCCUGUACCCAGCCUCGUCGUGUGGCCGCCAUGUCCGUUGCUCAGCGUGUGGCCGAAGAAAUGGACGUCAAACUCGGUGAUGAGGUCGGGUACAGCAUUCGUUUCGAAGACAAGACUAGCCCAAAGACCAUCCUGAAGUACAUGACCGACGGUAUGCUCUUGCGAGAGGCCAUGAACGACCACAACCUGUCGCGCUACAGCACAAUCAUGCUUGAUGAGGCUCACGAAAGAACAAUGGCUACCGAUGUUCUGAUGGGUCUUCUGAAGGAGGUUGUACAGCGCCGCCCUGAUCUGAAGAUCAUCAUCAUGUCUGCCACUCUUGAUGCGGAAAAGUUCCAGCGGUACUUCAACGAUGCGCCACUUCUAUCCGUUCCGGGACGAACUUACCCGGUCACGAUUUACUACACCCCCGAGCCUGAACAGGACUACGUCGAAGCCGCCAUUCGCACUGUUUUGCAAAUCCAUGCCACUGAAGACGAGGGAGACGUCUUGUUGUUCUUGACUGGUGAAGAGGAGAUCGAGGAUGCCGCCCGCAAGAUCUCGAUGGAGGCUGAUGAGAUGAUCCGAGAGGCUGAUGCCGGUCCCAUCACGGUGUACCCGCUUUAUGGUAGUCUUCCUCCUCACAUGCAACAGCGCAUUUUCGAACCUGCGCCUCCAGCUCGUCGCCCUGGCGGCCGCCCCGGAAGAAAGGUCAUCAUUUCUACCAACAUCGCGGAAACAUCGCUUACCAUUGAUGGAAUCGUGUACGUGGUCGAUCCCGGAUUCUCCAAGCAGAAGAUCUACAACCCCCGUAUCCGUGUCGAAUCUCUUCUGGUUUCUCCCAUUUCCAAGGCCUCCGCGAAGCAGAGAGCCGGUCGUGCUGGUCGUACCCGCUCUGGAAAGUGCUUUCGGCUUUACACCGAAGAAGCCUACGAGAAGGAAUUGAUCGCGUCAACUUAUCCCGAGAUUCUCCGGUCCAACUUGUCGUCAACGGUGCUUGAGUUGAAGAAGCUUGGAGUUAAUGACCUGGUUCACUUCGACCUGAUGGACCCGCCUGCACCAGAGACCCUCAUGAGAGCGCUGGAGGAACUCAACUACCUGGCUUGCCUGGACGAUGAUGGUGAGCUCACUGCGCUCGGCCGUCUUGCGUCCGACUUCCCUCUGGAUCCGGCUCUUGCGGUCAUGCUCAUCAGCUCCCCUGAGUUCUACUGCUCCAACGAAAUUCUCUCCAUUACUGCUCUACUCUCCGUUCCCCAAGUGUUCGUUCGGCCCGCUGCUCAGCGAAAGCGCGCCGAUGAGAUGAAGGAUCUCUUCGCUCACGAGCACGGCGACCAUUUGACUCUAUUGAACGUCUACCACGCCUUCAAGGGCCCCGAGGCUCAGCGAAACCCGAAGCAAUGGUGCCACGACCACUUCCUUUCACUCCGUUCCCUCCAAUCCGCCGACAAUGUCCGCAUGCAACUGCUGCGCAUCAUGGAGCGCGAAGAACUAGAGAUGAUCUCCACCCCUUUCGAUGACAAGAAGUACUAUGAGAACAUUCGUCGUGCUCUGUGCGCUGGCUUCUUCAUGCAAGUCGCCAAGAAGGAUGCUAAGGGGAAGAGCGUCUACACUACUAUCAAGGAUAAUCAAAGUGUGCUCCUGCACCCUUCCACGGUCCUGGCCCACGAUGCGGAAUGGGUCUUGUACAACGAAUUUGUCCUGACUACCAAGAACUACAUCCGCACAGUGGUUGCCAUCAAACCCGAGUGGCUUUUGGACAUCGCCCCUACGUACUAUGACCUCAACUCAUUCGCGAAGGGCGACAUCCGCUCCUCCCUUAUGCGUGCCGCCGAGCGACUCGCUCGCAAGGAGAAGAUGCGCGCCGAUAAGCACUACUAG